AUGAUACAUGAAGUUAUAUUAAGUUUAAUAGGUCAAACUGGAGAUAUAAUAGUAUUAGUUCAUAAAAAUAAGAAGACAACGAUAAAUGAAAAUAUUAAUAUAGAUGAUUAUCGUUUUGAAGUGAACAAUAAUAUUCAUAUAUUUUUAAAUUCAGAAAUAAAAAUAAUAAAUGAAAUAGUGGAAUUAGGUUAUUAUUUCUAUAUAAUAAACAUUUUUUUAUUGUUAGUAAAUAAAAAUACGGUUUAUAAGAAUGUAACUCAUAUACAUAAAUAUAAUAAAUUAAAUCAAGAAAGAAAAAAUAAUAAAAAUUUUAAAAAUUGUAAUAUAUAUGGUAAAUUAAAUAAUGGAUAUUAUAGCUCAAGUAACGAUAGUUUUUCAUCUAUAAGUUCCUCUUCUGAUGAUGAAGACGAAAGUGAUGAUGAUAGUGAUAAUGACAAUGAUAAUAAUAAUGAUAAUGAAGAAGAUAAGGAUGAAUCUUUAUCGGUUGAUAUGGAAACAAAAGAACAUAAUAAGAAUAAUUCAUAUGAUAAUAAUAAAAAUAAAAUUGAUACUUAUUUUGGUGUGAUUUUGAAAAAGGUGAAAAGUAUUAAUAAUGCUAGUCCAUGUGGAUAUUAUGCAAACGGUAUAUGUAACGAAAUAAAAAAAUUUAUAAAAAAAUAUUUAAAAAAAAUUAGUGAUAUAGAAGAAUAUAUAAAUAAUAAUAGUAAUACACCUUUAACUCAAAUUGUAUCUAUGUUAGAAAAGAAAAGAGAAGAAUUAUUAGUAAUAAUUAAUAUAAUAAAAAAUUAUUUAAAUUUUCAAAAACGAGAAGAAGAAAAUGUAAUUGAAGGGGAAUGUAGAAAUAAAACAAAAGAAAUAUUAGAUUAUUUAUAUGAGCAUUCAUUAAAUGGAAACUCAAGAAUAAAAAAAAUAUAUCAUAAAUAUUUAAAAAAUGUAGGGAAAAUAUUUUUACAUCAAUUAUUUUCCUGGAUACUUUAUGGUCAAUUAGUAGAUCCAUAUAAUGAAUUUUUUAUACAAAAAAGACAAUUUAUAUAUUCAGAUGAAAAAAAAAUUUAUUUAACUCCAGAAGAAUUAUAUGAAAAUUUAACUUUAUCUAAUGUGCAAAGUUUAAAUUUUGAAUGGAAUUAUUUAUUUUUUCAAUCACUUAAUAAUUUACCUCAAUGUUGUAUGGACAAAAUAGCAGGAAGGAAAAUUUUGUUUAUUGGAAAAUCUAUUCGUAUAUUAAUUAGAAGUAAUAAAUGGAAUACAAGCGAUGUAUUAAAACUAUUUCCUAUUAUAAAAAUAUUAUCAAAAGCAUUUGAUGUGUCUUCAAAAUAUACUUUACUUAAUUCUUCAUAUUAUUAUAAAGAUAAUCCUAAUAAUAUGUCAAAUGAUCCAAGUUUUGUAAAUUAUGUAAAUGAAUAUGAAAACACUAAUUAUUCAAAUAGUAGUUCAGAUAAUUCAUCUUCAUAUGGUGAUUUAUCUGAUUCACCAAAUGAUAAUAUUAAUUUAUAUUGUAAAGAAAUAUUUGAUAUUACUAUUGAAAAAAUUAGAAGCAUAAUUGCAUAUAAAUUAUGGAAAUAUAUUGUUAAAGAUAUUAAUUUAAUAAAAAUUUUUGAUUUAUUUAAAGAUAUCUAUUUAUUAAAUAAUGGAGAUUUUUAUGAUUACUUUUUAGAAAAAUCAUGGUCUUUAAUGCAUAUUCCACCAAAUAUGAAAAAUGAAAUUUUGUUAAAAAGUAUAGCAUGGAAAAAUUCUUCCUUAUUAGUUGAAGAAUAUUGUAAAUCUAAAUAUGAAAAUAAAAAAGACAAAUUAAUAAUAGAUAAUUAUGAUAAUUCAUUAUUUACUGAUAUUUAUAGUAAUAGUCAUGAUUCUAAAGAAGACCAAUCGAAUUUUUUUUUUCAUAAUAAUAGGAAUUCUUCAUAUUAUACAUUUGAUACAGAUACUUCAGAAAAUUUUAUUUCCAAAUAUUUUUAUCCAAGAAUUUCUUAUAAAAAAUUUUCUUAUGAUUCUUUUGAAGGAGAAAAAUUUGAUAAUUUAAUAUUAGGUGGUAUGUGUUAUAUAUAUGAUAACAAAAUAGUAUUGAAUGAUUUCUAUAAAGGAAUACAAACACUUUUUAAGAAAAAAUAUUAUGAUUAUGAUAAUAUAUUUAGUGUAUGUAUAAAUAAUUAUAGACAACAAAUUUUGAGAGGAUUUAAACAUGGUUUUGAUUUUUCUGUAAACUUUAAUAAUUUUUUUGAUAACCAAUUGUAUGAUCAGGAUAUAACAAAAAGUGACGUCAAUCAACAAAAUUGUGUACAAGAUAAUAAUAUAUCUAAAAAAAAUUAUGAUGGUAAAAAUAAUGAAGAUAAUUUUCUUGUAGGAUCAUGUUUUGCCUUAGUAAUUCAUUCAGUAAAAAAUCCAUUACUUUAUAAAACAGAUAUAUUAAAUAGUUCCCAAGGAUACUGGGGUAAUUUAGGAGAUUGUUUAUCAGUUGAAAUAAGAGUAAAAUUUUAUGAGAAAAAAAAAACAAUAAAUAAUACCAAUAUAAAUAUUAACCUACAAAAUAACAUAUCAGAUGUAAUUUUAGGAGAUGUAGAAAUUGAGGUUUCUUUAUAUAUAGGAGGAAAAGGAAUAUCAUCAUUUGUUCAUAACAGUAAUAGUUAUUCGAUUGAUUAUAAUAAAGAAUGUUUUUUAAAUAACAAGUUGAUAGAACAAAGCUUAAACCAAGAAAGAGAAAGAACUUCUUACGAAGAUGAUCAUCAAAAUGAUGUAAAUCAUUUAAAGAAAAAAGAAAGGAUAUACCAUAUGGAUAUAUCACAAGAAACUAAUAAUACAAGUGAAAAUUUGAAAUAUAGUAAUGAUUAUUAUAAGGAUGAUAAUAAUAGUAAUUAUAAUAUUAAUAAUAAUUCUAAUGAUAGAGAACAGUAUCCCGUACUAAAAAUACAAAGUAAUAAACAAACAUUUUACAAUAUUAAUAAAAAUACUAUAACCAAAUUUCGUGUACGUAUUAAUUGUUUGAAACAUAGUUUUAGUGUAUAUAUACAAAAAUUAGAUGAAUAUAAUUUAAAUUUUAAUAAUACAAAAAAUAAAAUAAAACCAAUUAUACAUAUUAGAGCAUUAGAUAUGACACAGGCAUUUUCAUUAGACAUUGGAAAUGCAUACAUAGGUCUUUAUACUUGUCCAAUAUUAUUUAAACAUAAAUUAUUGAAGAAAAAAAGUAAGCUAAAUGAAUGGUUUAAAAAUUUUUAUAAUGAUAAUAUAUCUGAUGAUAUGUCUAUUAGUAAUGACAAAAAUAAUAAUAUAAAUAUAAAUAUACAUAAUGAAAAAACAAAUGCGACUAUAGAAAAUGAAUUAAGAAAUAGAGACAAUCUAACUCUAAACAGUAACGACAACGACACCUCUCAUAAUAAUAUUAUAUAUAAUAAAGAAAUUAAUUCGGAGGAUGAUAUGUUUCCUUAUAAAAAAAGAAAUAUAAAAAAUUCUAAAAAUCUUCUUUUAUUUAGUUGUUAUGAUUGUUCAGUUGAAAUAUAUAAAUGGUUUCAUCAGUCUUACAAGUCUUCUAUGGAAAUUCCAGAAAUUGAUAUAGAUAAUGAAACGUUAAUAUUUUAUGAUAAACAAAUAAAUAAAAAUAUAAAAAUUCAUAGUGGAUUAAAUUUAUGGAAUAAUAUAGAAAUACAUUUUAAACUUACUUGGCCUAUUGCGUUAAUAAUAAAUAGUAGUACUAUAUAUACAUAUAAUUCUAUUUUUCAAUUUUUAUUUCUUUUAAGUCGUAUUCAUUAUAAUUUAAAAAUUUUAUGUUAUCAUAAUAGAAAUUUAUAUAAAUAUUUAUAUUAUAGAAAAGGUAGUUCAUUAUUUUCACAUUUAUUUUCUAUUAGAUAUAAAAUGCAAUUUUUUUUUUCUCAUGUUAUAAGAUAUUUACAAGAAGAUAUAAUAAAUUAUGAAUAUAAAUUAAUGAGUACUCAAAUACAUAAAUCUAAAGAUUUUGAAUAUACAAAAUCUGUUCAUGAUUUAUAUAUUUCUCAAAUAGCAACCAAAUGUUUUUUAAGAAUUCAAGAUUUAACAUAUCCUUUAAUGGAACUAAUAGAUGUAUCUUUUAAAUUUUGUUAUUUUUUUCAAUGUCUUGUAGAAAAUGAAUUAUUUACGGAUAUUUUAAAUAAUGAAAUAUCAAAUGAUAAGGAGAAUGAUGAGCAUAUGAAAAAUGAAAAAAAAAAUGAUAAUUUAAAUAUGGACACGUAUGUAAUAGAUGAGGAUGAUAAAAAUGAGGACUUAAAACAAGUAAUAGAAAAGUUAUUGCAAUAUAAUGAUAUAUUUAAUGAUAAAUUAAUUGUUGUUAUUAAUGAAAUGAUAGGUAUUAGUUCUAAUAGUAAUCAUGCUUAUAUUAUUCAUUUAUUAACUAUAUUAGAUUUUAAUAGUUAUAUAACUAAAAUUAAAGAUUCACGAAAAAAAUAUAAUGAAUUAAACGGAAAUAAAAAUACAAAAGAUAAUGAAAUUAAUAAUGCAAAUAAAAAUAUGGUUGAAGAUGACAAUAUAAUGAAAGAAAUGCAUAUUGAUAAAACCUUACAUAUUCAAAGAGAUAACUUCAAUAUAAAUAAUUCAAAUGAUGAAAAAAUGGAAUAUGAAGAUAUUGAAAAUAUUCAUAUUAUUGAUAAUUACCAAGUAGAUAAAAAAGAUAUUUAUAAUCAUAACAUAUCAAAUAUUGAAAAUAAUUCAACGAAUAUAUUAUCACAAAAAAAUAUAAAUGGAAUUAAUGGAAUAAAUGAAAAGAACACACCUUUAAAAAGUAGAAUAGUUAACAACUUUAAUAAUUUAUUAUAUAAUAAUAUCGAUGUUACAUCGAAUAUACAACCAAAUAGUUUAAGUCCAUACAAUAAACAUAUGAUGAUGCCUCAAAGUAAUGAAAGUUACUUAAAUGGUAAUAUAAAUAUAGCAAGUGAGAGUAUGCUAAAUAAUAAUAAAUAUAAUAAUUAUAAUUACAGUUAUAAUAAUAUAAUGAAUAGUCACAAUAAUAUUAUUAAUAGUCAUAAUAAUAUAAUGGAUAGUCAUAAUAACACAGGAAAUAAUAAUUAUAAUUCAUUAAUUGAUAAAUACUCAAACAUAUUGAAUAGUUAUAUGAAUAAUACGAAUUCAAUUUAUAAUUCUCCAAAGAAUUUUAUAAACAAUUCGAAUAUACAUUCAUACAAUUCUAUAUUAAAUGCAAGCAAAUUGAGGAAUAUCAAUAAUAUUUCAAGUGAAUCUAACAAUAUAGGUAAUGAUUACAAUAAUAACAAUAUAAACAAAAGUAGUAAUAAUAUAUUAAAUUAUAAUGAUAAUAAUAAUAUAAGUAGUGAUAUUGGUAGUAUUCCAAAACAAAUGGACUUAAGCAAUAUAAAAAAAAGUAUCUAUGAUCCAAAUUUUUUAAAUAAUAACAAUACUACUACAGAUAAUAUUGGAAUAAAUAAUUUAAAUAACCUAAUGGAUAUUAAUGUUAAAAAUCAGUUUAACGUACAAAAUAUAAUAGAUCAAUAUAAUUAUAAUACCCCAUCAAAAAAUAAUAUUUCAUUAAACAAUACUUAUAACAUAAAUAAAAUUAGUACAUUAUCUCCAUUACACAAAGGGGAAAAUAUUUCAAAUUAUAGUAACAUUCCAUUACACAUUUAUCAGAAUGAAAAUAAUACACCAAAGAAAUCAGACCAUGCAUAA